GCUGGCAGCAGCCGAGCGCCGGUUAAAGCGGCCGCCCGCAGCCGCCGACCCGGCUCCCGCGCCUCACCGACGGACGGCGCCGCGGCGGCUCGCACGCCAAUGAGGGCCCGGACUCCGGCCCUCGCCGCCUCAGGAGCCGCCUGCAGCCUCCCGUCCCGACCCCCCGCCCGCAGCCCAGCCGGGGCGGGCGGCCCGGACCCAUGCGGCGGCUCCCGGAGAGGUUCAGGAGGUUCAUGAACCACCCAGCUCCAGCAAACAGCCGCUACAAGCCCACCUGCUACGAGCAUGCUGCUAACUGCUACACACAUGCUCUGCUCAUCGUCCCUGCCAUCGUGGGCAGUGCCCUCCUGCACCGCCUCUCGGAUGACCGCUGGGAGAAGAUCACAGCCUGGAUGUACGGCGUGGGGCUCUGCGCCCUCUUCAUCGUCUCCACAGUGUUCCACAUCGUCUCCUGGAAGAAGAGUCACCUCAGGACAAUGGAGCAUUGCUUUCACAUGUGUGACAGAAUGAUGAUCUACAUCUUUAUUGCAGCAUCCUACGCACCAUGGUUAAACCUGCGUGAGCUGGGCCCUCUGGCGUCUCACAUGCGUUGGUUUAUCUGGCUGAUGGCUGCUGGAGGCACCAUUUAUGUCUUCCUCUACCAUGAAAAGUAUAAGAUCGUGGAGCUCUUUUUCUACUUGGCCAUGGGAUUUUCUCCUGCUCUGGUGGUGACAUCCAUGACCAACACGGAAGGCCUGCAGGAGGUGGCCUGGGGAGGUUUGAUCUAUUGCCUGGGGGUGGUGUUCUUCAAGAGCGAUGGAGUCAUCCCCUUUGCCCAUGCCAUCUGGCACCUCUUCGUGGCCACAGCAGCUGCUGUCCACUACUAUGCCAUCUGGAAGUACCUGUACAGGAGUCCUGCAGACAUCAUUCGUCACCUGUGAGGCAGAGGUGGGAACCCUGCCCGCGCUUGGCCCCGCAGCAGCGCUGCCGGAGCUGGGGGAGAGCCCUGCGCUGAGCUUGGCGCUUCUGCUGUGCACUGAUGGUUUGUGUGUCCUGCAGCUGCCCAGCCUCUGCUGGGUGCUGUGCUGCAGUCCCCAGAGUCCAUUCCGUGGUAGCAGGAGAGGCUACCUGCUGUUUACAAACAAGUUUUCUAUUUCCAGUUUCGUUUUAACAGUUUUUAACUCUGUGAAUUUUUCUAACUGAGUGGCUGAGAAGGCGAAGGCAGUGCAGAGGUGGCUCC